AAUGCCACCAAGCUCCCCUGGGCCGGCUGCUUUGCGAGCUGACAGCCUUUGGCUGACACAGGUCCUCCCAGACCCCAGGAGCCCGCCCCCUGCCCGGCAGGUGCUUCAUUGGUCCAGCGUGCCUCCAGGUGCCUCCUGAAGAACUACCAUGUCUGAGAAUAGUACAUUUUCCUCAGAAGACUGCAACAGCAGCUAUAAACCCCACGCCUCAAAUCUCCGAAGGGCAGGGAAGAAAUGCUCAUGGGCUUCCUAUAUGACCAACUCCCCAACACUCAUUGUUAUGAUUGGCUUGCCAGCUCGGGGUAAAACUUAUGUGUCUAAGAAACUAACACGCUACCUCAACUGGAUUGGAGUACCCACCAAAGUGUUUAAUCUUGGGGUAUAUCGACGUGAAGCUGUCAAGUCCUAUCAGUCUUAUGACUUCUUUCGACAUGACAAUGAAGAGGCUAUGAAGAUCCGCAAACAGUGUGCUCUGGUGGCACUGGAAGAUGUUAAGGCCUAUUUUACUGAAGAGAGUGGGCAGAUUGCGGUGUUUGAUGCCACCAAUACCACUCGGGAGAGGAGGGACAUGAUUUUGAACUUUGCCAAGCAGAAUGCCUUCAAGGUAUUCUUUGUAGAAUCUGUCUGUGAUGAUCCUGAUGUCAUUGCUGCCAAUAUUCUGGAGGUUAAGGUGUCAAGCCCUGACUACCCCGAAAGGAACAGGGAGAAUGUGAUGGAGGACUUCCUGAAGAGGAUUGAGUGCUACAAGGUCACUUACCAGCCCCUUGACCCAGACAACUAUGAUAAGGAUCUUUCUUUCAUAAAGGUGAUAAAUGUAGGCCAGAGAUUUCUGGUCAACAGAGUUCAGGACUACAUCCAGAGUAAGAUUGUCUACUACCUGAUGAAUAUCCAUGUCCAUCCUCGCACCAUCUACCUUUGCCGGCAUGGAGAGAGCGAGUUCAAUCUUUUGGGAAAGAUUGGGGGUGACUCUGGCCUUUCGUUGCGAGGAAAGCAGUUUGCUCAUGCUCUGAAGAAGUUUCUGGAGGAACAGGAGAUCCAGGAUCUUAAAGUGUGGACGAGCCAGUUGAAGAGGACAAUUCAGACUGCUGAGUCUCUUGGGGUGACCUAUGAGCAGUGGAAGAUCCUAAAUGAGAUUGAUGCUGGCGUGUGUGAGGAGAUGACAUAUUCAGAGAUUGAGCAACGGUAUCCAGAGGAAUUUGCGCUUCGAGAUCAAGAGAAGUAUCUGUAUCGCUAUCCCGGUGGGGAGUCCUACCAGGACCUGGUGCAGCGGCUGGAGCCUGUCAUCAUGGAGCUAGAGCGCCAAGGCAACAUCCUCGUUAUCUCCCACCAGGCUGUCAUGCGCUGCCUCCUGGCCUACUUCUUGGAUAAAGGCGCAGAUGAGUUACCAUACUUGAGGUGCCCCCUGCACAUCAUCUUCAAACUUACUCCUGUGGCCUAUGGUUGCAAAGUGGAAACAAUUACACUGAAUGUGGAUGCUGUAGACACGCAUCGUGACAAGCCAGCUCACAACUUCCCCAAGAGCCAAACCCCUGUAAGGAUGAGAAGGAACAGCUUUACGCCUCUGUCCAGUUCGAACACAAUAAGGCGUCCAAGAAAUUACAGUGUUGGGAGCCGACCCCUCAAGCCCCUCAGCCCUCUCCGUGCCCUGGACAUGCAAGAAGGGACGGACCAGCCGAAGACCCAAGUCCAACAAGGGUCAGCCCAGGCUACAGAACAUCCACAGAAAACCCUGGAGUUUGCAAAUGGACAUAGGGAAGUGGAGAAUUUGCUGGCUGAGCAUAGACACCCCUCAAUGGCAUCCCUCACUUUGCUCUCCUGAUGUGAGGCUGAGGCCAGACCUCUCCGAGGAACUGGAACUGCUAAAAAGCUUGGGAUGCCAGCGUCACUGAGGCUAGAGCAGGAAGUUAAGUGGGAGCUUCUCAUUUGAGGCUACCAAAAAUGCAGCCUGGAAAACCUUCACUACAUUUCUUCCCCUCAUGCCUAACAGGAAUAGUACUACAUUGUGCCUCAGAAAGUCUUCAACAGCCUGAACAAGUUAGUUCUUGUCUCUUUUGAACCAAGUUUGCAAAUACCAUUCUACUUAGGCAUUGAGUAUUCUACCUAUGACUGGCUGACUGCAUCCUUAGCUGGAGAUCUGCCUAAUGUGCGAACACACUGUUUCAGAAUUGGUUUCUAGGUGAGGAUGAGCUGCAGGAAUCCUCUUGUGCUCACUGAAAGCUGCUCUUCCCAUCUGAUGGAGGAGAGCAGGCUGAAGUGCAAUAUGAAUGCUAGUGGUCACCUCUUGCAGUGUGGAAAAUGAGACAGACCACCAGGCAAAUGGAGGGUGUCAGGAACUAAGCUCUCAAGUGCUCUUCUCUGGUGGCAGGAGUGUAGUAUCCGUGGCUCCCUUUUCAUCGAGAGAGGUUUUUCUUGUUCCAUGCUCUGUGGUACAGGGUCUGGCUGCUAGACUUCUCCAAGGGGGACCAACCUUUACAUUCUCUCAUAGCUACUGUUUUCUCUCGGAGGCUCGUACCUCACACACUGGACAGGACUGAUUCAGUGCCUCCUGACUGAGGGGUUGGGAAUGAAGGCUAGGUGGGACUAUCUCCAACCCAUAAGGAAAUAAAGGUGACUUCUUGGGAAUAAAUUACACUGGUUUUUUAUUUUAUUUUUUUUAAUUUCAAAAUGGGCAGAAGCAGCUAUGCCCCUUGUAUCUGUCUAAUUGAUGUGAUCUCUGGAAAGCUGUGGCUGUAACUGCAGGGGCAGUGGUCCCAUGCUGGGUGCCUCUGUUCCAGCUGUCACUACUGUGAUCAGCUGGUCUCCCACCACUGCAACAUAGCCUUGGGGCAUCAGUGAGUGGGUGUCUCUUUUAGAAGAAUCAGAUUGUUGUUCAAAGAUCUCUGAGUGUCUGAUGCAUCCACACUGUGACUAUGAAUGCACCCCUGCUGUGGUAUUUUUGAAGAAGAGUGCAGAAGCCACAAAGUGUAUUGUACCUUACCAGUAGAAUUCAGUGUUACUGUUUUUUUCCCCCAUUUUAUUUUCAUUUCUUUUUUACUGGAGCUGCACAGUUGUUGGGCAGAAAGAUAAGUAGCAAGAAAAGUGCUUUUUCUAAAUAGUUCUUUUAUACUGUAAAAUCCUGGAGACUGUUACCUACGUAGGGUGUGAUGAACUGCUGGCGGUUCAGUGACUCCCAGGAUGCAGCUGACUUUCUAUGGAUGCAUGUCACCUGGAGAGGCUCCUUCCUCUGCUGAGGGCAGGUGUUCUUUCCGCGGCUGAUCGCAGCAUACUGUACUACGGGGCUUUUUUCUUGUGGUAUAGGAUGCUUUCUGCAUUGAAGUACACUCCUUUCUGAUGAUCAGAUGGUAUUUUUAGGAAGCUAUUUAUUUUGUGUGUUUGCAUGUAUUUAAUCAGAAUGCAAUUUCUGAUCUGUGUUCUGCUAGCAAUGUAGGUGGCUUGAACCUUGAGCCUAAUGUCCAUAGUAUUACCUUAAGUUAAAUUUGUAGAACAUAAAUGUCUGUAUAUGUCAAAGAACAGUAACUAUGUUAUGAUUGUAGCUUUUUAAUUUUUUUCUCAUAAAUUUUAUUAUAAACCAAGAAAUGUAUUUCUCUGGAAAAAAGUUCUCUCUUCGAUAAGUAAAACCAUGCUGAAAUAUCUCAGUGACAUAUACUGCUUUUGUAAUAAAAUAAAGUUAUUUUUUAUUAAAAGGUA